GCAGGCUGAGAUCACUCUAGCUGGCGGUGAUGUACUUGCGUGCUUACAUAUUCCGUCACGAAAUAUCUUUAUACAGAUGCAGAGAUGUGAAAUUGAGUGGACAAACUCCAUUUGAGCUUUACAUGUACUAAUGCAAAUAUCGGUGCUCUAAAUGGCAGUGGCAUACAUGGACGCGAGCAUUAUUUCAAUGUUGCCCACAACGUCCACAAGAGCCCCCCUUUCAAUUCCCCCACUUAAAUUGACAAAAAAUAAUCAGACGUAUUUCAAAUUCAAGCUCAAAUCACAGGCAAACUCAAUUCGUUUCCAAAAAUAUAUCUCUUCAUUGUCGUUGUCCUCUUCUUCUUCUUCUUUAUGCAGAAGCACCAUAAGGGCGUAUAUAGAGAAGCCCAAUACAGUUAAAGAUUUUGCAGAGAAAAUUAUAGGCUCUCUGCCCGUAGUGGGUCUGCUGUAUAGGCUCAUAAAUGCAGAAGGGGGUGUGGCAGGAGACCGUAUUCAAUUACCCGAGUUUUCUAAAAGAGUGGAAAACAGAUGCACCCAACAGGAUUCCAGGGCCUUUUUUGAUUUCCGAGAGCGCCAUGGCAGGACGGGAAACCCUAGGUUUGUGUUGUUGUGGUGCUGGGUAGCUGCGCUAGGGGCGGGACUGGUGAAGUCGGAGGACAUUCUGCUCGGAGCUGCCAGGCUGCGUGUUUCCUUUGAUAUGCAGUAUGAAGAGGAAAUUUUCAAAAUCCUCAUGGAGGAUGCUUUAUCUAAAAGAGCGAAGUCCAAGACUCCAGUUCCAGAGAUACCUAUAGAAGCCAGGGCAGAAAGGGCUUUAGAGGCUAUUUGUAAAUGUUCCAUGGGGAGUGACAUGAUAGAAGAAGAAGAAGAUGCAAGGUUGCUUAAUAUUAUGCUGUGUGCAGUUUUCCCCACUGCUGAUAAGGCUGAGAUAGAGAAAACUGUAUGGAGUAGGCUGAGACAAUCAUCUGCGGAUAAUGAAAUAAGCCAAAAAUCUGAAGUACAACAAACCAAAGAACCCAUCAUUUUAGAACAAGAUACAGAAACUAUAUACAGCUAGGUUUUGGCGUACUCAGUGGGUGUAUUUCUAAAUUCCCAGCUAUCCAAAUUACUUUUAUUAUUUAUACUUACAGUUACUGUUAUAUAUUAUUUAUCAAAUCAUGCAUAAGCCAUAUGUUUGAAGUUGCCAGGGUUUGGAACAAACUAUUUUUUCGUAUGUUCCAAUGAAAUACGAUUCUUAAUAUUGUUUUUGACAUGGUUAUAAUUCUUUACCCAAAGGUCGGGCUCAACAAAAAUAACUUCAGGUCUAGAACUCUCAACAAAAUUCUGUGUAAUAAAUGGCUUUGUUUAACCAA